UGAUCAUUUUUGUGCAUUUCGGAUUCCCGGCGACCACGGGAUCUAUCAUCUGUCCACAGGUUCCUCUUUGAAAGCCGGAUUAUUGUAGAUCAGUUUUCACACUUGUUAUUUUGUGUAUCAAGUACACUUUAAAGGAUACUACCAGGAUGACUGCGUUCGAAGAAUUUGGAGUACUUCCGGAAAUCGCGAAGGCCGUCGAGGAAAUGGAAUGGAAUCUCCCCACGGACAUUCAAGCGGAAGCCAUUCCAGCCAUUCUUGGCGGAGGCGAUGUGUUGAUGGCUGCUGAAACUGGAACGGGAAAAACUGGAGCAUUCUGUCUGCCCAUUUUGCAAAUUGUCUGGGAAACCGUGCGUGAUCAACAGAUGGGCAAAUAUCCUAAACCUUCGGGAGAUCAGCGCGCUGUUGGAGGAAGUGCUAAUACAAAGUGGGGACUGAACAUGUACGAUCGCGAUCCUCUAAUGGCCAUUGAUCCCGAUUUGACGACAUGCCAGAGCCGGGAUCAGCAAGCGUGGCAAGGUUGCCGCGCUAACCGUGGACUCAUUAAUAGCGGGAAAUAUUAUUAUGAAGCCACGGUGACGGACGAAGGAUUGUGUCGCGUCGGCUGGUCUACCGGCAAGGCCAAUCGCGACCUGGGCACCGAUAAAUUCGGCUACGGUUUCGGUGGAACUGGAAAGAAAUCGUGGAACAAACAGUUUGAUUCGUACGGCGAAAGCUACGGCAAAGAUGAUGUAGUUGGUUGUUUCCUGGAUCUGCACGAUGGCGUGGUUUUCUUUUCGAAAAACGGCAAAAUCUUUGCGGUAGCAUCGAAUCUGGACCCGCAGCUGCGGAAUGCGGCCGUUUUCCCGGCUGUUGUGCUGAAGAAUGCCGAGAUGCACUUCAACUUUGGUGAUCAACCGUUUAAAUUUCCACCUCCAGAUGGGUUUGUAGCAUGCAGUCAUGCUCCGGCGAACAACGUGGUGAUGUCCGAUGCCUCGGCACCGGCUCAUCCUUUAGCCGGCGGCCAGUCCCGCCCCAACGCUCCAAUGGCGAUCAUCCUUGAACCGACUCGAGAGCUCGCUGAACAGGCUUUGGCCGAAAUUCGGCGCUUCAAGAAAUAUUUGAAAGACCCAACGGUGCGGGAAUUGUGCGUGGUUGGUGGUACGAAUUCCCGGGACCAAGUGGACGCGUUGCACCAAGGCGUGGAUAUCAUUGUGGGUACGCCGGGUCGACUGGAGGAUUUGGUGGCCUCCAACGAUAUCUUAUUGAAUAACAUUCGCUUCUUCGUCCUGGAUGAAGCCGACGGCCUUCUGUCCCAAGGCAACUGGGCGCUGAUUAACCGCUUUCAUGGGAAAAUUCCCCAAGUUACACCCGACGGCAAACGGCUGCAGAUGAUCGUCUGUUCGGCCACGCUGCAUAAUUUCGAAGUGAAGAAGCUGGCGGAUCAAAUGAUGCGCUUUCCGACAUGGAUUGAUCUGAAAGGCCAGGAUUCCGUCCCGGAGACUGUGCAUCAUGUCCUGGUAAAAAUUGACCCGAAGACAGAUCUCUCGUGGCAGAAUAUGAAACGCAGUGUCCAGACGGACGGCGUGCACAGUGGCGAUCGGCUGAGCUUCCAAAACUGGACUCCCGAAGUUUUGUCGGAGGCGGUAAAGUUGUUGAAAGCGGAAUAUGUUGUGGCGGCCGUUCGCAAGUUUAACAUGGAUCAAGCGUUAAUCUUCUGCCGAACGAAGCUGGAUUGUGAUAAUUUGGAGCGUUACCUGACGAACAUUGACCGGAAUCUCACCUGCGUCUGCUUACACGGUGAUCGGAAACCCCAGGAACGCCAGCAGAAUCUGCAAGCUUUCAAGGACGCUCGUGUCCGCUUCCUGAUCUGCACAGACGUGGCGGCCCGCGGCUUGGACAUCCGCGGCAUUCCCUUCGUCAUCAACGUCACCCUGCCGGACGAAGUGCCCAACUACAUUCACCGCAUUGGUCGCGUCGGUCGGGCGGAGCGCAUGGGACUGGCUAUCUCGUUGGUGGCCACGGUGCAAGAGAAAGUGUGGUAUCACACGUGCCAGAGUAAAGGCCAGAGUUGUCAUAACACACGCUUGAAAGACGAAGGUGGCUGCUGUAUCUGGUACAACGAAGUGGGACUGAUGGGCGAGAUUGAGGAGCAUCUGGGCGUGACUGUGCCGGAAGUGGGGAAGGAGAUGAACGUGCCGGUGGAUGAGUUUGAAGGGAAGGUUACCUACGGGCAGAAGCGCCAGGCCAUCGGUACGGGUUACAAGGAUCAUGUUGGCCUGCUGCAGGCCACCGUGACGCAGUUGGCCGAUUUGGAGAAGCGCGCGCAAACGUCCUUUUUACAGCUGCGAUAUCUCAAUGUUCCUGGUGCCAACGUUGGGCCGCAAGCCUAAACUUGGAUGUGCAACGGUGAUUCUCUGGUACCCGUUAAUUUUCUGCUCACAAAAUGGUUUUCCUUUUACUCUUAGUUAGCUUUCAUAAUUCGUUUAUUCUGGUUUUUCUAACAUUAUUUAAUUUAUUCGGACGUUUUCCGUAAAUUUUUCUAUUGCGUUUUGCUGUUUAACUCCUGUUUGACUCGAAAAUAUUACACUGAGUUGAUCUGUUAUCUUUCGACCAUGAA